CCUUUUGCGUCUGGAUGUGAUCUGCAACCGGUAUAAGGGCAGUAAGUAACCUCAUCUUCUAUAGUCUACUAUACUACACAGUACACAGACGAACAAUUAAGUGCAACAGCAUCCCAAACCUCAAGAGCUGGAUGGAUUUCUAUGCAGGCGAUUUAUUGCCUGCAAGUGAUCUUUUUUACCUCUCUGUGUCUGAACGUGAUCUAUAACCGCUAAACCUUGGGAUUUCCAUAAAACAAGUGGUUGAUAUUCUUGGGAAAGACUUUUUUGUCUAGUUGUAGUAGUGUUUCAUUUAUCACUAUCAAACAACCCCCCCGCCCCAACCUCAAAGCAAAUCCUCUUCUGCAUAAUCUUCAGCGUUCAACCAUCCAAAUCACCAUAAAUAUCAACCCUCCCCUCCUUUACCAUUUUCAGGAGUCUCACAAAUCGAACUAUGGUUUCUCUCGAGUUUUAACCAUAGAGCAAGACGCUGUUCUUCUACCGAUCUCAAUUCUCGGUACUUUUUGCUGCUCAAUCUACCAAAAAUGGGUUUAACCAACAUCUCAACCCCCACCACAACCCCUGAUACUGACAAUGAUACCCCACCACAUACCCACCCUAUUAGGUCCUUUCCCUUCACCAACGGCUCAUCCAAGUACCACCACCGCCAACCACCUCCUCAGACGGCGGUGGCUUACCGAGAAUGUCUCAAGAACCAUGCAGCCAACAUUGGUGGCCAUGCUCUGGACGGGUGUGGAGAGUUCAUGCCUUGUCCCACCGCCACCGCCGCCGACCCCACCUCGCUAAACUGCGCCGCCUGUGGUUGCCACCGCAACUUCCACCGUCGCGAGGUGGAGUACUCCCCUUUCAUCACCACCACCGCCGCUCCACAUUUUCUCGACUUCCGCCAACGCCGAAGGUCCUCUUCUUCCCCCUCUCCACCGCCGCAACAACCACCAACUCUCUCUUAUCCACCAACCCAGAUGCUUCUUGCCCUCAGCACCGCCGCGCACGACGAUCAGCAGGUCCCGAACCACCAUCAGGUGGCAACACCGGUAACCCCAAGGGAGACAAAGGCGGCGGCCGAGAACCUCAGCGGCCGAAAGCGGUUCAGAACGAAAUUCAGCCAAGAACAGAAGGAGAAAAUGCACUCUUUUGCUGAGAAGAUGGGGUGGAAAAUGCAGAAAUGCGAUGACAAUAUGGUCCGGAAUUUCUGCAAUGAGAUCGGGGUCGCCAGAGGAGUCCUCAAAGUUUGGAUGCAUAACAACAAAAAUACAGUUGGCCGCAGAGAUAUUAGCAGCACCAUUACCAUCACCAACCCUGCCGCCGCCGCCACCGCCAAUAUCACGGAAGAGGACAAGAGCAACAGUAAUAACAUCCGCCAACAUGGUGGAAUUGGAGGCAGCCCGGAAAAUGGCGGGUACAACAUCAACGACAGCUGCAUCAACAAUGAUGAGGAGGAGAAUAGUGAGAGUCAUUACUGUAACAACGAGAGUGGCCAUGCUAAUCUUGAUCUCGACCUUGAUCAUAACAAUACCAAUGGCAGUUCUUCUUCAUCUUGAUCGCUAUGGGAAGUAAGAAGAUGGAAGAAGCUUUUUGAGAAAAAAUAGGUCGUUUGAUUAGGGAGUAGUCUUGUUGUACUACUAAUGAUUAUUAAGGUUAAUCAAUCAACGGCACAAGUAAAUAAAGCAUCAUGUGUUUUGAGCCU